AUGGAAUCUUCCACAACUUUCACCAUCCCAUCGUCGCCUAGUCCUGAACGUAGGUAUGGUCCUAGAACGCCACUGAAUGGCCCUCAGGAACUGCUGCUUGAAGCUGAGAAUGACCACCAAACGCCGCUGCACAAUGACAAAAUGGAGUCUUCGUCGGAGCUCUCGUUCAAGAAGAAAGAUGUACGGAGCUCACGAGCCCAGUCGUUUCAAUCUGUGCUUUCCACCGCUUCGUUGAAAUCGUUGAAGCAGCAAUACGCCAAUUCUCAGGCCAAUACCACCGCUACGGCUUCUCGACAAAACAGCAUAGCUGGUAAUCUCAAUCACGCACACAGUAAGAACUUCCAGUCUUACAUUCAAGCUCCGGUAUUCUCGAGUAUUUCUAGUUACAAGCCUGACGAGGUGGAGAUUGGUCAGCAAUUACCGUUCCAUCACGAUAAACCAAAGUCACCGCAACCUGCUUCCAAGCCUGAAACGCCUCAGAACCCGGAGGAAAGUCAGGAAGACCAGGACACUGUCUUGCAGCAACACAAAUUGACGUUGAAUGCUUUAAAGAAACUUAGCUUAUCUCCCAUGCUUGCUUCUCAUCCCAAAGAAGUCCAGAUAGGAAAUGUCUCAUUCAAAGAAAACGAGAAUACCACACUCACUGAGCCCUACCAACCGGCAGAAGUGGACUUGUCCAGCUUUGCCAGCUUGACCAGACAACCCAAAGUUUCACAUCUCUCGAAAACUCCACAAGAAAGUACCCCAACUUCAGCUCUCACCAGCCAUGCCACUACCGCCAAAACCACCACGAAAACCACAAAAACCACCGAACCAAUGGAGCCUCCUGAGAAACAAGCAAUUGAACUGCCGACUACAUAUAGCCCUAUUUCUCCAGUGAUGCCCACUCCCAAACGUGCAGAUGUACCGAAACUCACUGCUAUCACCAACCGAGUUCCUGGUACACAAGGCUCCAACGCAACCACAUCGUUGCCGAUCUCGUUAAUGACGUCACGAAAUGUCCAUCCUGGGGCGUUGAAGUCGCCCACCAACGAGGCACCUCAAAAGUCGAAACAUCUUCAGCAGAUAAAAGGACUUCGUAGUCCCAUGUAUAUACCCGCUGUGUUGAGACUAACCCAGAACGAGAACGGCGAAAUGGGAAGAAGAGACCGCAAACACGACGGGCUGGAAAUGCGCCCAACGCAUUCGUUUGAAGUUGCUCUUGAACACUCCAAAUCGAUUUCGUCGCAAGCGUCGAUCAAGUCCAUGGAUUCCAAUGCCCUGGUUGAAUCUGCAUCCCUGCUGAUAAGUCCCUAUCGCAAUAUUUCACACAGAAAUUACAACCAUGUUCUUCUGUUGGCGCCGACGAGAAAGCACUGGGUUAAAGAUGAAGCGGUGCUGAAAUGUGGCAUUGCUCACUGCCCAAAAACGUUCAAUUUCUUCGAAAGGCGCCACCAUUGCCGUCGUUGUGGUGGAAUCUUCUGCAAGGAACACACCAUGCACUAUUUAUACAUUAACCAUUUGGCCCAAUUCACCACUGGGGGCCGCGGAACUCUUUCCAAAGUUUGUGACAAUUGCAUCGAGGAGUAUAACGAAUUCGUGAAACAUGAAUUUGGCGUGGACGUCCACCAUCCCCAUCACAGUACCCCCGCUACCUCAGCCACAAGUCCGAUCAAUUCCAUGCCGUCGGCUGCAAAUCAGCUCGGAAGAAGAGGCUACAAUGAAACUACUAAUAACGAACAAAUGGCAGGAAGUGUUCCUGCCAACUGGAGCUGGAGCUCUUUCUGA